AGGAAACAUGGUCUUCCAAAUUCAUUCACUUUUAUCUGAGCUUUCAAAGUCUUAUCAUACCAUCCUUAAGACCAAACAACUCCAUGCUUUAAUCUCCAAAACCCAUCUGUCCCUUGACCCAUUCUUCGCAACUAAACUUCUCAGGUUUUACGCCUUAAACGAUGACCUCUGCUCUGCCCGUAACCUAUUCGACAAAGCACCUCAAAGAAGCGUUUUCCUUUGGAAUUCUAUUAUUAGAGCUUAUGCACAAGCCCACCACUUCAACGAUGCCUUAUCGUUGUUUAAUAAGAUGCUUGCAUCGAAAACAAAACCCGAUAAUUUUACUUAUGCCUCUGUGAUACGUGCCUGUUAUGACAACUUUGAUUUGGAUGGGAUGGGACAUGUUCAUGCAAUGGUUAUUCUAUCCGGGUUGGGAUUGGAUUCCAUCUGUGGUAGUUCACUUGUCACUGGGUAUUCAAAGUUGUGCCUUGUUAAUGAAGCAUACAAGGUUUUUCGUAAGAUUCCUGAGAAAGAUUUGGUUUUGUGGAAUGCCAUGGUUUCGGGGUACAAGAAUUGUGGCCUUUUAAACAAAGGGUUGGAGUUGUGGUUGGAUGAAAAUAUGGGUCAGCGGCAGGAUGGGCAUACUUUGGUUGCCCUGAUAUCAGGGAUCAUGGAUUCUCACUUGUUAUGUGUGGGUCAAGGAAUCCAUGGUUUUUGUUUGAAAACUGGUUUUGAUUGUACUGUUCACGUGGGCAGUUCACUUGUAAGUUUGUAUUCGAGGUUUCAGUGCAUGGAUUCGGCAAAUACCGUGUUCUGUAGUUUGCUUCAACUAGAUUUAGUUGCAUGGUCUUCUUUGAUAACUGGAUAUUCUCAGUGUGGGGAUUAUGGGGAAGCAUUCUUCUACUUUAGGAAACUAAACAUGGAGAAAGGUAAAACAGUAGAUCCCAUUUUAGUCUCUGUUGUACUGGCGUCCACUGCUCAAUCAUCAAAUGUAAGGUUUGGUAUUGAGAUUCAUGGAUACGUUGUUCGACAUGGAUUUGAAUUGAAUGUCUUGGUUUCCUCUGCUCUUAUAGACAUGUAUUGUAAGUGUGGAUUUGUGAACUUGGGGAUUCGAGUUUUCGAGAUUAUGUCGGAAAGAAAUGUAGUAUCUUUUAAUUCUCUUAUAUUAGGUUUGGGGUUAAAUGGUCUUGCUUCCCAGGCAUUUAAGGUGUUUGAUGAAAUGCUAACAACCAACCUGAAACCUGAUGAUUCCACAUUCUCUGCCCUUCUUUCUGCUUGUUGUCAUGCUGGCCUCUUUGAUGAUGGUUUCAGAGUUUUUAGGAGGAUGGUAUCUGAGUUUUUCAUCCAACCUAAAAUUGAGCAUUAUGUUCACAUGGUAAAGCUUCUUGGUAUGGUUGGACAAAUUGAAGUGGCAUAUAACUUAAUCUUGUGCUUGCCGAAGCCAGUUGACUCAGGUAUUUUGGGUGCACUGCUUUCGUGCUGUGAAGUUCAUGGGAAUUUUGAGUUAGCUGAAGCUAUAUCCUUGCAACUAUUGGAAAAUGAAUCCCAAAAAAGUGCUGACAAAGUUAUGCUUUCCAACAUUUAUGCUGUUCAUGGGAGGUGGGAUGCUGUAACGAAGCUAAGAGAUAUAACAGAGAGAAAACUGUUGGGGCUUAGCUGGAUUGAAAGUGGGAAAACUUGAGUCUCGACUUACUUCUGCAAUCGUAUGUUCUCACAUCAAGUCAGCAUGAUAGUUUCCUUCUAAUGUGAAAAUGAAGAAAUUAUGUAAGUUGUGAUCCCUGAUAGAAUUUCAGGAGAAGGGAAGCCACAAGUGUUGGUAAGAACUUGUGAAGACAAAUUUUUAACAUUAUAGCUGUUCUAUUUAUCUGCCAUCAACUCCUUGGGCUGCUCUCUUUGCGACUGUAAGUAGUAUUUAAUCGAUCAUCGAACCUUUCGCCACAAUUUAUGUGCUGAUAUUUACCGAUUAUUUCAGCAUACGCCACAAAUUGGGUGACGGAAAGAAAUUGAUCUUCAGACUUCUCAUAUGUGAAUGGUAUGUUUGCAAUGUUCACCCUGUAUAUUAUCCGAUAGGGAAUGGAAUUUAUGGUGGAAUUCAUGCUAAGAGAUACUUCGAGAGAGUUAACACCAGUCAUUUUUGGUACC